AUGGAUCAAUACAAGUAUACACCGAUUGCAGAUAAUGAGAAUGACAGGCAUGGUGGUGACAUCUUGCUGCCAAGCAGUGUCAGCAACAGUAACAAUAAAAGUAGUUCAUUCACUAUCUUUAGAGAUUGUGGUUCGAAAUUAAAAAAGAACAGAAACAUUUUGAUUGUCAUCGGACUGAUAUUAUUUGUUAUAUUGGCUGCUAUAGUGAUACCUGUUGUAAUAUUACAUUAUAAGAAACCUGAUGUUUUAUCGGAUAAUUGCUCAGCCGAUAGUUCACAGUUGAUCAGUGCAACUACAAAAGGAACAUUGGCAUUUGCAAAGCUGACAGAGAUGUGUACACGUUUCGGUAACAGACUGUCGGGAUCGGAUGCAUUGGAGAACGCAAUCGAUUGGGUCAAACAAAAGAUGAUUGACGACGGUCUAGACAAUGUACAGACCGAAGACGUAAUGGUAACACACUGGGUAAGAGGCAACGAACAUGCUUCCAUACAAUCUCCAUACUAUAAGAAAAUGAAUAUUCUUGGUUUGGGUGGAUCUAUUAAUACUACUUCUUCAGAUGGAAUUACAGCACCGGUUAUGGUAGUAUCAAGUUUCGAUGAUUUGAAAGCGCGUUGUGCAGCUGCCGCUGGAAAUAUUGUUUUAUUCAAUGUACCAUUCACUAAUUACUCGUCGACUGUGAGAUACAGAUCGGGUGGCGCUGUUGCCGCUGCGCAAUGUAAUGCAGUUGCUGCACUCGUUCGAUCGAUUACACCUUAUUCAUUGGGUACUCCUCACACCGGUAUGAUGUCAUACCAAAGCGGUGUCACCCAGAUUCCAACUGCUGCCAUCACUCUUGAAGAUGCCGAUCUCAUUCAAGGAUUGGUUAAUUUCAACCAGACCGUAACUAUCAAUCUCUACAUGGAGGCACAAACCAUGCCCGACAAGGCCAAGUCGAGAAACGUCUUUGGUGAGGUGACAGGUUCCGAGAAUCCCGAGCAGGUCGUUGUUAUCGGAGGACAUAUCGAUUCUUGGGAUGUAGGUCAGGGUGCUAUUGACGAUGGUUGCGGUGUCAUGAUUGCCUGGGAAGCGGUUCGUUUGAUUAAAGUACUCGGUCUGCAGCCAAAGAGAACCAUUCGUGUGGUUGCCUGGACAAACGAGGAGAAUGGUGCCGCUGGUGGUGCUGCCUAUGCACAGGCACAUCUUAACGAGACUUUCUUCUCGAUCGAGACAGACAACGGUCCAACUACACCACUUGGAUUCACAGUUGACGGUGCCUCGCCAGAGACAAUCAAAGCGUUGCAACAACUUGCCGAUGACUCACUGAUGACGCUCGGUGCCAACUCUGUAAGUGCCGGUGAAUCCGGAACCGAUAAUUCAUUCUUGGUGGUUGACGGUAAAAUCCCAGGUGCAAAUUUGGUAGUAAACACGACUCAAUAUUUCUGGUUCCACCACAGUGAAGGUGAUGCUCUCGACAAGGUAAACCCCACUGAAAUGGAUCAAUGUGUCGCGGCGAUAGCAUCUAUGGCACUAUCUAAAAAAGAAAAGUAUAUCACACAUUCAAUUAUUAUUAAUGGUUUUAAAAAUAGAGUUAAAAGUACAUCAAUUUUUUUUGAAACAGUGGGUGGUACAUCAAAAAAAAGGAACAAACACUGUGUUUGUGUUGAUAAAAUUAAAAAAAAAAUCCACCCUUCUGGAUCUUUUCUCAAGAUGAAGUUUAUAUAUUUAAUUUUAUUUUGUUUUAUCUCAAUUUUUACAAGUUCAUCAUUGGCUUACCAAUGGAUUAUUACUCAUCAAUUAAAUCCAGAUGGAAGUUUAGAGAGCAUUAGAAUGAAUUCAUUUCUUAUUGAUGUUUGCUAUACUACAGGAAACAACAAUACAUCUUUCAAGAUGACUUUAGAUAAUAAUAGCAAUAGUACAUACAUUUUUUCUUUUUUAUAUCCAAAUGCUAAUUGUAAGGAUGGAAAUUUACUAAUAAGGGAGAUUCCACUAUCAUUGGAAAAUGCAGAUGAAUUUGGAUUAUAUGGAGAAAUAUCAACAUCACCACAUAUUCCACAAUUCAAACAUAAUGUAUAUUUUGAAGUUUUACCAGUAUUAUCAAAUUGUACAUUUAACUCAAAUUAUACAAUUGGUAGGGUAUCAAUGGAAUUGUUGAAUUCAUGUAAUUGGGAAAUUUCAAUGAAUAGAGAAAACCAUUUAAUAAUUGUUCCCCUAUUGGAUAUGUAUUCAUAUGACACAAAUCCAAAUAGUUGUUCAGACUACCAAUUGACUGUAAACUAUUACUUUAACACAUGUCAAUUUAUAGAAUCGGAAUUGGGAAUUAUCAAUUUUAGACCAAUUCAUUUCAAUGUUUUAUACGAAAUAUUGGAUUGGAAAACAAUAAACAUUUACUCAAUAACCAAUUCAUUCGAUCAAAGUUCCAUCUAUGAUAUUGGAUAUUUAAACAAUACCCUUUGUAGAAAUACUCAAAAUUGUAUUUUAAAUAUUCAAUAUGAAAGUUCAAUUUCGAAAAAUGUAUCAAUUUGGGUUCAAUUGGUCAAUACUGUAAAUUCUUCUUACAGGUGGAAUAUCGAAUUAAAUAUUGAAGUACCAAUUCUUAAAAACAUUCAAAUACAGCCAAGAACUUCUUCUUACGACUUUUCGAUUGAGAUAAGUGGUCCUCUCAAUUCAUAUGAUCUCAUCGUUAAUACUACUCACAAGUAUUAUAUUUCUUCAACUACAUUUUCUAUUCAAAAUUUCUAUUCUGGUAAUAUCAUUGGUCUUAGUGCUUCAACACUUGCUAUCUAUGUGAAAAUCAAUGAAACUAUUAUUCAAUUGUAUAACUCAGAGCCUCUUUUCCUCUUAGAUCCUAUAUUUUCAAUCUAUAAUAACUUCUCAAGUUAUGUGGAAAACAUAAAGUAUUAUGUUGUUUUUCAUGUGUUUGGAAGAGAAUAUUCACCUCUACCUAAUGACUCCAAAGUUUACAUUUCAAUCAAUAAUUCAAAUCUAGUGGAGUUAUACGACUCCAAUACUCAGAUGAUAAUUCCUCUUCACAAUAAUACACUCUAUUACAUUUCAUUUUGGGCAAGUUAUGAUGGUUUUAAUAGUACAAAAUUAUAUUUUCAACCUAUUUCCUUUAGUUCAGAUUUUGAACCUCCAGCAUUAUUGGUUUUUUCAGGUCCAAAUUUUGCUAGAGUUUCUUUUGAUUCAAUACCAAGUUAUCUUGGAGAUAGACAUUAUUCAAUUAUUCUAAAUGGAUAUCCUUAUGUUGUUCCUAGAGAUGGUGACACUUUUCCAAAUGUCGCUCUUCAAAAUUUAAAUGAUUCAGUUGUUCAUAACAUUACUGUUCUCGCAAGAUACAAUGAAGAAACAAAAAAAUCAACAAGUUUGUUUCGAAUAUAUUCAUUACUUAAAAAACCUAUUAUCAAGAAAAUCUAUGAUCAAGAUCUUGUUUAUAUUUAUCUCUCUGGAGAAGGUGGUGACUCACAAUCAUAUAGAUUUUCUGUUGGUGAAGAAGAUUAUUUUUUAAGAUACAGAACUACAAUAUUUUAUAAUAAAGGAAAAACAAAUGAACCUAUCAUUUUUACUAUAUCAGAUAAGUUUGGAACUAGAAGGUCAAUCUUGGAAAUGAUUGAUUAUUAUCCUUGUAAGAUAAAAUUUUUAAAUAUCAAUAAUCUAUCUAAUCCCGAAAAUCUACAAUGUAAUUUCAAACAUCUUAUUCCUAACUACUCUUAUUAUAUUAGAGUAACUUGUAUGAAUUAUCUUUUCGUACCAGUUCAUCAAGUUUCUACUUUUCAAACUCUUGAAAAUGAAAUCAAAGGUUGUAGUUCAAAUUGCUCUAAUAAUGGUGAAUGUAUAAAAGGAGAAUGUCAUUGUAAACGUGGCUUUAGUGGUCUGACUUGUCAAUCUUUGAAUAAUGAGCCUAUUAUUUAUACAAAUCCUAAUCAACCAUCAAUGAAUAUGUCUACUACUGGAAUUUCACAUUUCUCUCUUAAUUUUGAUGAAAUCAGAGAAGUCAGUCAAGAGAAUUCUAUAGUUUCAUCAUUUUUUAUUUCAAAUUUGGAUUGGAUAAGAGAAACAAAAUCAUAUGAAAUUAUUAAUCCCAUUGAUAACAGUAUUGUUCAAUAUAAUGAAUGGAACUAUAAAUUGAAAUCAAAAAUUCUACAAUUGGAUUCUUUUGAAAUCAAAUUCUCUCAAUAUGUUCGAUCAAAUUCAUCAACAUCAACCAUUGAUUAUAUAAUUGUGGAUUUCAUUAAACCGAUUCAAAUCAAAUAUGGAAACAUCAAGUAUCAAUUGAAAAUUGAAAAUUGGAAUUUCAAAAGUAGAUUGAAUACUUUGGAGAUUGUUUCAAUUCCCCAAUUUGAAUUGAACGAAUGUUUAGAAUCGAAUUAUAACAUUUUGGAUACUGGUGACUUUGUUACUAUCUUAAUUGAAAAUUCCCAAUCUGAAAUCUACGGAAAAUUAAACAAAUUUGGAUAUCUGGACUCAAUACCAAGAACUAUCAAUCACUUCUUUUAUACCAAUUCAAACAAUUCUUCGGUUAAAUUGAUCACAUCAAUUCCAUAUUUUGAAAAGAAUAUGAUCUUAGAUCCUGAUUUCUCUCUGUUGUUGCAUCCAAAUCCUGACAAGAACAAUUGUAAUUCUGAACGAAAGAAUAUUAUUAAAUGGAAAAUCAUUGUUGGAACUGUUUUUGGAUCAGUUUUCUUUGCAUCAGCUGUAUAUGCAACAACAUUUAUGAUAAAAAGAAAUCAAAGAAUUGUUUCAGAGAGAGUUAGGCUUGAAUCAAAGCUUAAAAAUUUUAACAAAAAUUAA